AUGAUGGCUUACAUAAUCCACUAUCAAUUCUCUCUGUCCAAAAAUCUGCAAGCUUCGACGACACGGCGACUCUACGGCCUCAGCCGCAUCCGCUUCGGCAACAACGUCUCCGGCCGCAACGACACCCGCACCCCGCGCACCUGGAAGCCCAACGUCCAGCGCAAGAAGCUCUGGAGCGACGGCCUCGCCGCCUGGGUCAAGACCCGCCUCACCACCCGCGUCCUCCGCACUAUUCGCAAAGAGGGCAGCCUCGACAACUACCUCGUCGCCCACGGCCGCCGUCGCGUUCGCGAGCUCGGCCCCGCCGGCUGGCGCCUCCGCUGGCUCGUCAUGCAGACUCCCGUCGUCCGCGCCAAGCUCGCCGCCGAGCGCGAACGCCUCGGCCUGCCCCCGCUCGAGGACGACGUGGCUGCCGCCGCUCGCCGGGAUGACCUCACGAGGGAUAUCCUCGAGAGCCGCGCUGCUGAUGAUGUCUUGGACCAGGAGCACUCCUUUGGCGAGGGUGCUGCGGAUAAUUUCGAGUUCAACGUCGAGUGGGUGGACGGCAACGUGCCGGAGGGCUUCGAGGCCGAGCCUGCGGCCGACGCGGCGCCCAAGACAAAAACUGUCUAA